UCCUAAAUAAAAGUAUAACGGUGGUUUUUGAUUGAAUUAAUUGUAAAAUCAAUAAGAUAUAACGUUGUUAAAUAAGGUAAUCUGUGCUAGAAAUGUAUAUUUUGCUCCGGAGUCGAGAAAUAAUCUAAAGUUUUGCCGUUUGUCACCGAGACGCUAUUUCUGACAGUUACAUAUCAAUAAAAGUAUCAUAGCUUGUUCUGAUUCGUGAAAUUUACAAUAAUGUCUGAGUUAAUGUUAUGUUCUGAACACUGAUAAUUACUGUUUAGUGUUUUUCAAUAGAUUUUCUCAAAACUGUUCUACAGCAGUGGACUCACAAUUGUGCUAAAAGCAAGCCGAAUUCGGCUUUAAUAAAAAAGUGAAAAUUAUUGACCUUCCAUCCGAGAACGAUACUUUUCACAAUCAGUCAGACUUUCUGUAAUGUACCCAAAUAUCUUCCAAGAGCAACACACCAAAGAAAUAAGCUUCGUUCUCCCCGUUAACUUGUUACACUCAAAAAGAAAAGGAAUAUUUAUACACCCAAACACAAUGUUCAGAAAUAUGAGUUGCCCCCCUAAUUCACAACUUGCUGGUGCUAUAACGUCAAUACGCCAAAGAAAUUAAAUCUCAUAAAUCAGAAUCAAUAAAUUCAUAAAUCAUCAUAAUUGCAUCGUUUAACAAUUAUAACUAUUUACUUAAAUCAAAAACGAAAACAACAACUUUGUAAGCUUACACUAAUUUUAUUCAAAUCAAUCCUCGAAUUCUCAUCUAACCUUCACAAUGAAGCUUUUAGAAAGCACUCGCUUCGAAGCUAUCAAUAAUGCUCUUUCCAUAACAACUGGAGACAGCACGAUAUCAGGAAGAAUUGAAAGCUACAGCUGCAAACUCGCUGGAGGAGACAAAGCCAUGUAUAAGAGAUUUAGCUCGGAGCAGGGUAGCAGGGAACUGCAGGCUCUGUCGCCUCCGCAAACUCAGCUGGGAAUGUCUCCGGGACAGGGAUACUACAGAAAAAACCGUAGUUUGUCUGGUGACGAAGGCUUGCUUUGCGACACCAUCUCGAGCAAAACUCUGUUUUAUCUCAUCUCGACUUUGAAUGCUGCUUUUGCUCCUGACUAUGAUUUCUCUGAUGCCAAGAGCUACGAGUUCAGCAAAGAGCCAUCCCUGCAGUGGGUAAUGAACAGCAUUGACACCAAUUUGGCGGCCGUGGCGGGCGAGGCCUACCACACUCUGCGCAGUCACUUGUGGGCCGCCGUCGAGGAUGAGAUUAGCCUGGCCGAUUGCGAUAUCUACAGCUACAAUCCGGAUUUAGCUUCCGAUCCCUAUGGUGAACCGGGAUGCAUCUGGUCAUUCAAUUAUUUCUUAUAUAACAAAAAGCUUAAGAGGAUCGUGUUCUUCACUUGCCGAGCCAUCAAUCCGAUUUAUUCGAUCGAUUCUGGUUGCGGAAGCGACUUUGCGAUGGACGAAGACGAUGACGAUGAAAGUUAUUAAAUAACUGUAAAUAAAAAUGAAGAAAAUUAGGAAAAACUUGAUCUCUAUUCAUAUUAUUUUAACGUCCUCAAAAUUUUAGUUAUCGUUAUACCUUCGAUUACUUUUAACCCAAGAAAAACUAUUUUAAACUUUUUAUUUGUUGUU